AUGAAGGACUAUGAACAGUAUUUAUUGCCACCUAAAUGUGACUAUAAUCCAGAAAUACCAAUUGACGAACAGACAGCCUCUCUUCCUUAUGAUCCUCAGUGGGAAUUCCCUAAAGAUAGGCUCAGAAUGGGUAACGUGUUAGGACAGGGUGCAUUUGGUCGUGUUAUUAAAACAGAGGCUAUUGGGAUAGCAGAUGAAGAUGUUACCAUAGUCGCAGUUAAAAUGGUCAAAGAUUGUACGGAUAAAGAACAGAUGAUGGCGCUGUUAUCAGAGUUGAAGAUUUUAAUUCAUAUUGGACAACAUCUUAAUAUUCUCAAUUUACUCGGAGCUGUGACUAAGAACAUCAGAUUUGAGCUAUAUGUUAUAGUGGAAUACUGUCAUUUUGGAAAUGUUCGAAGUUAUUUAUUAAAGAAUCAAGCUUCGUUUGUUAACACCAUGGAAGAUUACAGCGAUCCAGCUUUUGAGAAGAAGAUGGAGGCUGCAGGAGAUAAAAAUAAACCCUACUACGUCAACAAACCAGUGGCUAUAAAUAGCGCAGAUUUGAUUGGUCCACCUCUCACUACCAAGAAUCUGAUUUGCUGGUCUUUUCAGGCUGCUCGUGGAAUGGAAUAUCUCGCUUCCAAAAAGUACAUACAUCGAGAUCUAGCAGCCCGUAAUGUUCUACUGAGUGAAGAUAAUGUUAUUAAAAUCAGUGAUUUCGGUCUGGCUAAAGAUUGUUAUAAAAAUCUCGAAUACAAGAAAAAGGGUGAUGGUCCAGUACCAGUGAAGUGGAUGGCGUUAGAAUCUCUCACUCAUAAAUGUUAUACAACCAAGAGUGAUGUCUGGUCAUACGGUGUGUUGAUGUACGAACUCUUCUCACUUGGAGGUAAUCCCUACUCUGGUAUCGAACUGAACGAGAAAUUUAUUGGUUUAUUAAAAUCAGGAUAUCGAAUGGAGAAACCUGAACAUGCUUCAGAUGAUAUCUAUAAGGUGAUGUUACAAUGCUGGGAUGCAGACCCUGAAAAACGUCCCACUUUUACUCAACUGGUCAACAGAAUGGGAGACUUCCUGGAGGAAAAUGUCAAACAGGUAUGUUCUGUCUGCCUUCUUUUCUCAAAUUUAUUUUAA